AUGGACUCACUUGCCGCCGCCUGCUUCUGCUCCCGCCGUCGCCGCGCUCGCCGACUCCUCCUGGCCGCUGCGGCGGCGACCGCCGGGUACGGCCUCUACCGCCUCUACUGCCACCACCGACGCCGCAUCGUCGCCGCCCUCUCCCUUGCCGACGCCGUGUCCCAGGUCGGUUCCGACUUCGCCGAAUUCCUCCGCUCCGACUCCGACCAGGUCCCACGAAGCCUCCUCCAGCUUUCCAAGCUCGCCUCCUCCGAACCCGUCUCCUCUGCUGCGUCUUCCCUCUCCGAGUCCCUCGCCUCCGGCGUCCUCCGCGCCAUCUCCUCUCGCCAGCGCCAAUUACAUCAACAGCAGCAAAACCCCCAAACCCCGCUCCAAGAUCGGAUCUUGGAUCGCCUCCUCUCCCCCGAGGGUGCCGGAUUCGGCUCCGCUGUCGUCGGAAGCUUCGCGAGGAACCUCGUCUUGUCCUCCUGCGACGCCCGCACGUCCGAGGCCGGCGACCGCGAGGAGCCGCGGUGGCUGGCUGCGCUCUGCAGCACCACGGGCAAGGAGGCUGCUGCGGACCUCGUCCGAGUCUUCGUCAGCACUGCCGUAGCUGCCUACCUCGACCGCACCACCGCAGUGCGCACCAACAGCCAGCUACUCGCUGGCCUCUCUGACCCAAGGCACGAGGCCAAGGUCAAGGACUUGGCUGUGUCUGUCUGCAACGGUGCUGUCGAAACCUUCCUCAGGACGUCGCGGCAGCUCACCAAGGAGGCCUCCGAUGCUCGCAUUGAGGCAGCAGCAAUGCAGCGUGUGGUGGAUGAUUCAGACACCAACAGCGUGAUCCAGAAGGUUUCAAGCACACUGGCUGCUCCGAGCAACAGGAGAUUUAUACUGGACGUCACAGGCAGGGUCACCGAAGAGACGGUCCGGUCAUUCCUUGACUUCCUAGCACAGAGGAUGUCUGAUGGGGCCAGGAAGAGCAUUGUCAUCGUCCGUGAUGAAGUUGCCGAGAGAGGGCUCGUUGCUGUUAAGUACAUUGGCGCCAAGUCCAUGGCCAUCUUCACCAUCUCCCUGGCAUUGUGCAUGCACAUUUUGAUGGGAACAAGGUUCCUAUUGCCGGCCUAG